AUGAGUGAAUCAGAAUCUAGUCAAAAACCUUCUUUACCAUCAAAUCCGUUCAUAAGGAACAAUAGUGCAACAAUAAUAUCAUCUGAUGAUAUUCAACUAAGACGACGAAUGGUUCGAAAUUAUUCACUUCUCUGGCUGGAUGAAUGCAUGGAUCAAACAAACAAAGACUAUGAAAAUAGUAUGAUACAAAUACAAACCAUCGCCGACAAUGUCAAUGUCUUUAAUCAACGAGAUGAAUGUAUUGACUUCCUUAGUGAUGCCCAAGACAUUAAGUUUUUUCUCAUUGUCAAGGAUACUAUGUCUCAGCAAAUAAUGCCCCUUAUCAAUGAUAUUCCUCAGCUGGAUAGUGUUUAUAUCUUCAGUAAUAUUAAAUCCUGUCAUGAAAAACUGACAAAAAAAUGGCGAAAAAUCAAGAGCGCUCAUAGCAACAUCGAUGAUUUAUGCCAAGGAUUACAACUGGGUAUCAAACAAUACCAUCAAGACUCGAUAGCCAUGAGUUUUAUCACAACAAAUGACAUGAAGUCAGCUGGUAAUUUAAAUCAGUUGGAGCCAACAUUUAUGUACACUCAGCUAUUUAAAGAAAUUCUUCUUAAUAUGAAACAUGGUAAACAGGCCAUUAAAGAGUUUACUACUUACUGCCGACAGAAUAACACAGGAUCGCCAGCGAAUAUUGAUCAGUUUGAAAACGAUUACCAUACUCAAUCAGCAAUUUGGUGGUACACUUUUCCCUCAUUUAUCUAUUCUAUGCUGAACGGUGGUCUUCGCUUUAUGGAAGGUGAUACUCUUAUUAAGAUGGGUUUUUUUAUGCAUGAUCUUCAUCUACAAAUUAAAGAACUACAUCAACAACAGAGUAAUACUGAUCAUAGUAAACCAUUCACAGUCUAUCGGGGACAAGGUCUAUCCAAGGCAAACUUUGAAAAACUCCAAAAAACAAAAGGUAGUUUAAUGUCUUUCAACAACUUUUUAUCCACUAGUACAGGACAAGAUACACCUCUUGGAUUUGCUUUAAGUGCGUUGGAAAAUGCGGACACGGUCGGCAUUCUUUUCGAAAUCAGUAUUAAUCCUCGUGUUAAAUCAGUGCCAUUUGCCUUCAUCAAAGAGAAGAGUUACUUUGACGAAGAAGAUGAAAUCCUCUUCUCAAUGCACACCGUCUUUCGCGUGGGUGCCAUUAAAGUAAUGGACAUUAACAAUCAACUUUAUCAAGUUGAAUUAAAAUUAACUUCGGAUGAUGAUCAACAAUUACGAUUACUUACUGAUCGGAUACGAGAAGAAGCUGGUGGUGAUACUGGAUGGUACAGAUUGGGCAUUUUAUUGUUUAAAAUCGGUCAACUUAAUAAAGCUGAAGAACUUUAUAAUGUAUUACUCGAACACUCAUCUGAUGAGAGCGAAAAAGCGAUUUGUUAUCUUAACCUGGCAUAUGCCAAAAAUAAGCAGGGUGAUUAUGAAAAAGCCAUUUCAUUUUACAAACAAGGACAGGAAAUUCAACAAAAAAAUCUUCCUUCAAACCAUCCUUCAUUGGCUACCUCAUAUAACAAUAUCGGUAAUGUGUAUGAAAAUAUGGGAGACUACUCAAAAGCACUUUUAUUUUACGAACAAGGACUUGAAAAUCGACAAAAAACUCUUUCUUUAAAUUAUCCAGAUUUGGCUACUUCAUACAAUAACAUCGGUGGUGUUUACAACAGCAUGGGGCAGUAUUCGCAAGCACUUUCAUAUUACGAUCAAGGGCUUCAAAUCUAUCAAAAACAUAUUCCUUCAAAUCAUCCUUCAUUGGCUACUUCAUACAGCAAUAUCGGUAAUGUGUAUGACAACAACGGAGAGUACUCGAAAGCGCUUUCAUAUUACGAAAAAGCACUUGAAAUUCAACAAAAAACUGUUCCUUCAAAUCAUCCUGAUUUAGCUACUUCAUAUAACAACAUCGGUAGCGUGUAUGAUAAUAUGGGACAGAACUCAAAAGCACUUUCAUCACACGAAAAAGCACUUGAAAUCUUUGAAAAAACUCUUCCUCUACAUCAUCCUUCAUUGGCUACUUCAUACAACAAUAUCGGCACACUUGAAAUUCGGGAAAAGACUCUUCCUUCAAAUCAUCCUUCAUUGGCUACUUCAUACAACAAUAUCGGUAAUGUGUAUGAGAAUACUGGAGACUACUCAAAAGCACUUUCAUAUUACGAAAAAACAGUUGAAAUCUUUGAAAAACCACUUCUUUCAAAUCAUCCUUCAUUGGCUACUUCAUACAGCAAUAUCGGCAGUGUGUAUGAAAAGAUGGGAGCGCACUUGAAAGCGCUUUCAUUUUACAAACAAGCACUUGAAAUUCGGGAAAAGACUCUUCCUUCAAAUCAUCCUGAUUUGGCUACUUCAUACAACAACAUCGGUUGUGUGUAUACAAAGAUGGAAGAGUACUCGAAAGCAGUUUCAUAUUUCGAAAAAGCACGUGAAAUUCAAGAAAAAACUGUUCCUUCAAAUCAUCCUACAUUGGCUACUUCAUACAGCAAUAUCGGCAGUGUGUGUGAGAAUAUGGGAGAGUACUCGAAAGCACUUUUAUACUACGAAAAAGCACUUGAAAUUCAACAAAAGAAUCUUCCUUCAAAUCAUCUUGAUUUGGCUAAUUCAUACAACAAUAUCGGUAAUGUGUAUGACAAGAUGGGAGAGUACUCAAAAGCACUUUCGUCACACGAAAAAACAAUUAAAAUUUGUCAAAAAGCUCUACCUUCAAAUCAUUCUUUAUUGGCUACUUUAUACGCCAACGUCGGUUUGGUAUAUCAUAAGGCGGAAGAGUAUUCGAAAGCACUUUUAUAUUUUGAAAAAGGAUUUGAAAUUCAACAAGAAACUCGUCCUUCAAAUCAUCCUGAUUUUGCUACUUCAUACAACAACAUCGGUAGCGUGUAUGAAAGAAUGGGGAAAUAUUCGAAAGCACUUUCAUAUUACGAAAAAGUAAUUGAAAUCUAUCAAAACACUCUUCCUACAAAUCAUCCUGGUUUGGCACAGUCAUACAAUAACAUCGGUUUGAUGUAUUAUAAUAUGAAAGACUAUUCGGAAGCACUUUCAUAUUAUGAACGUGCUAUGGACAUAUGUCAGCGUACAUUAUCCCCAACUUAUCCUCUUAUCAAAAGUGUGAAAGAAAGUAUUGAAGUUGUAAAAAAAAUAUUACAAAGAAUAGAUGAUAAAUAA